GAUGCCGACUCCUCCGAGCGGGUCCUCAUGGACAUGCGCUGGGGCCUGGUUCCCUCCUGGUUCAAAAAAGACGACCCCUCCAAAAUGCCGUUUAACACCUCCAACUGCCGCAGCGACAGCAUGCUGAGCAAGGCCUCCUACAAGGUGAGCUGCUGCUGGCUUUGUGUCCAGCUUGGAGAGAUCUUGUACGGCUGGCGGCCCCGGGGGGGGAAGCAGCCGUAUUUCAUCCACUUCCCCCAGCCCACGGACACUGAGAAGGAGGGAGACGAGGAAUGGAGAGGAUGGAGGUUGCUCACCAUGGCCGGGAUCUUCGACUGCUGGGAGCCACCGGCAGGAGGAGAAGCGCUGUACACCUACACCAUCAUCACCGUGGAUGCCUCCAAGGACCUGAGCUUCAUCCAUCACAGGAUGCCAGCCAUCCUGGACGGGGACGAAGCCAUCAGGAAAUGGCUCGACUUUGCUGAAGUGCCAACCCAAGAAGCGGUUAAACUCAUCCAGCCCAUAGAGAACAUCAUUUUCCACCCGGUGUCCACCUUUGUCAACAGCAUCCGCAACAAUGCGCCCGAGUGUUUGGCACCCAUCGAGCUGGGAGCCAAGAAGGAGGGCAAAGCCACCCCCAGCAGGCAAGUGAUGCUGGGCUGGUUGAAGAACUCCCAGGAGGGCUCUUCCCAGAGGAAAGAAAAUGAUUUGCCCAAGGGGACGUGUCAGUUCACACACAGCCCUUCACCCAAGAAGACCAGCGCAGGAAUCCUGCA